UUAAUUAAAAACCGCGAAAUUUGUAAAUUCGAUUUUAAUUAUAAAAUGGCACUACCUUAUCGAUUCAUCGAUAUUGCCCUUUUCUCGGUCGACUCGAGACGACCAAAUCUCAUUCGUAAUCAUUCUUCCAUUCAUUCACAUCCGAAACGUCAUACUCAUACCAGUCAUACCAAACUUAACUUGUCAACAUUACUAACAACACGAAACCGGAUAAAUUCAAAAAUGUGAAAGUAAAUAAUAAAUAGAAAAUGUACACUACGUACGUCUUAUAUAGAACUGUGAUAUUUAUUUAAUAAUACUACAUAUAAAAAAAUGACAAGCAAAUUGAAUUCGGUUGAGUUAUACUUUUACUUCAGUUUAUGGAUUUUUGCUAAUUUAUUUUCUUUGUUUAAGUUAUUUCAGGUUCAGAGUGAAUUAUUUGGUAAUAAUGAAAAGCCUAAAUGGCCAGAUCUGGUGGAUGGCUGGAGUUUUCUGUCCCGGCACAAAGAUGUUUCAGACCUCGAGUGGAGUUGUUGGAAAUAUUUCUUUCAAAGAUCUUGGUACUAUCUGAUAUUUCAAUUUGUCAUAUCUGAAAUGAUCCGCACAUUUAAUAUAAAAUACUUGAAAUAUUGGUAUAUAUUAUCAAGUAUUAUUUACAUGCUAGCAUAUACAGGCAUUAAGCAAAUGAGCCUAGUAGUUUUUCAACCCAUAAUAUACCUGGCAGUAAUCUGGUAUGGCGGUGGAAAAAUCAUUCUAUGGAUGCUCAGUAUUAGUUUACUAUUUUGCUUCAAUGUUAUGAAAUACAAAAACUUCUUCUGGGAUAUUUUUGAUGCUGAACAUUUUUAUGAUGAAGAGAUUUAUCUGACACUAGUGUGUACCUCGUGGAUUGAACUGAGAUGCAUCAGCUUCUGCAUUGACUACAUAGAUGUGAAUCAUAAACUAAAUGCCACCAAAAUUGAUGUUGUGACCAAUAUGUUAAGUUACAUAUUUUACUUGCCCCUAAUGCAUACUGGACCUAUAGUGCUAUAUGAAAAUUUUGAAAAAAGCUUACAUGUUAAGAGGAAUGAUAUUACAAAGAGAAUGAAGAGAUUCAUAUGUGACAUGAUUCUAUUUUCAAUAUAUACUUUUCUACUGGAUCUAGCUUUCCAUUAUAUUUAUUUUUAUGCUAUGCAGAAUGAAAUAGAGCCAUACUACAAUUGGAUGGCUAGUAAGGCAAUCACAGACCUACCAACAAUGGCACUAUGUGGCGGAGGGCUGUGGAUGGGUUUGGAGUUCCACAUGAAGUACGUCAUAUUCUACGGCACUACAUCGGCAUUCGCGCGGCUCGACAAUAUAGAAGCCCCGCCAAACCCGAGGUGUAUAGCCAGGGUACAUGUGUAUUCACACAUGUGGAGAUAUUUUGAUGUUGGACUGUACAAAUUUUUGAUAAAAUACAUCUACAAACCCAGCCUCAGCGCAAUACCAAGAUAUAUAAAUUUACCAGUGACAAUCCUCAAAUUGACUGCAUCAUUUUUUACAUUUAUAUUUAUCUUUUUCUGGCAUGGCACCGUCUGGGACAUAUUUGUUUGGUCGGCACUUAAUUUUAUAGGCAUCACUUUAGAGCAACUUGGACCUGCCCUGAUCAGUAAACAUUGGCUCGCUCACACAGACACGCACAGCAAUGUCACGCAUCCACUCUCGCCAUCGGCUUUCGUGCAACUGACGCGGCAUUCUAUGCGGUCUGCGCCCGAGACGGUGUGUAUCUAUUUAUGUAUAGAUACUACCUAAACACUACAUUUAUUUUUUAUUUAUUUAAACUUUAUUGCACAAUAAAAAUAAGUACAAAUGGCGGACUUAAUGCCUUAAGGCAUUCUCUACCAGUCAAUCAUAUAUAUAUAUAUAUAUAUUAUAUUGUAACAGCCCUUAACUGAUCAUUGGCAGAAAAUGCAAAUUACUAAUUUGUAGUUAGAUGGUAGUAAUACAAUAGGGUACUUUCCUAUAGAUCGUGGUAUUCACGAAAACGCGUGCCUUGGCCCGUAAUGGCAUUUUAUUAAAGGUUAGAUUUGACAAAUCUACGCGUCAUCGUGGAUGACACGAACUAUACUAGUUAAAUCAAUCAAUCAAUUUUUCGUGUUAUGGCUCCAUCAAGGUGUUCAUGAGUCUGCCAAUGGCGAGGAUACUAGUUAAAUCAGUUUCUUUCAGUUUCUUUUUUAGAACUGUCAAAAUUAUUUGCCAAUAUGGAAUUUAUAUGAAGACGUCAAGGUGAAGUCGCCUACUUUUUUUAGUUCUAUCCGAUUUUUUCAAUAGAAAUUGUGUUCAAAAAUAAUUUGUCCGUAUUUCUAAUAAUUAUCUGGUGCUUUAUUUCGUGCACGGUGUGUAAUAAUUUAUUUUAAAUACUGGAAACAUCCCUAUUAUACAAUAUAUAUAUAUAUGUUAUAUAUAUAUAUAUGUUACUCUGUAGCAAGUGGCGAUUGAUUUUAGUAAGAAACUAGGAAACUUCCAGGUUUCGUUAUAGUACGCCCAUGUCACAUUUUUGAUAUCACGAAAUAUCACAAAACUGUCGAACAUUAUGUUGUGUUCAUGUUCCUACAUAGGUUAUAUUAUAUUUUUUGUGAAUAAAUAAGUGCAUGUGAUCUUAUAACUAAUAAAAUAAUAGUAAUAAAUAGGUAGAGUCAGACCAAGCUAAGUUGGCAACGAUUUUAAUAGCUCAGCCUGCGAAAGUAAACGUCAUAAUUUCAUAUGUUUGACUUUUAAAAUAACACUUGUACUGUCUGGGCUAUCAAAAUCGCUGCCUACUUAUCUUGGUCUGACUCUAUAUUCGGUUUUUAAUCCGAUGUUAAUUGUUACAUUUUUGGUAAUAAACUAUAAAAUAAACA